GAAGCAGCAACAAACAGUUCCUUAACUGACGGAAGGGAAACGUAAGACGACUUUGGCAUUUUGCCGUUUAACUUUAACGAUUGUUGCAGAAGCUGGAGAUUCAGAUCUCACUGUCUCUAUCGUUUCGCCGACGAAUCAACGCCGUCCGAUCUCUCUCGCAUUGUUCAGAUCCAGGCGAACCUCCGCCUCCAACAUCAUCUCCGAUUUCUCCGUCAUUCUUCUCGAUUCAGAUUGAAGAAUUUGUGUGACAUGCUAUCAGCUGGAAUGGAAACAGAGGAAAUUUUAAGGGAUAUUUAUACCAGCAACUGGCCUUCAGAAAUGGACUAUGAGCAGUGGGUUGCUCUCCCAGUUUCUGGUCCACAACCAUCUGCACGAUACAAGCAUGCUGCGGCAGUGGUUGAGGGGAAGCUUUAUAUUACUGGAGGCAGCCGUAAUGGGCGAUACCUGUCUGAUGUUCAGGUUUGUGAUCUUAGAAGUUGGACAUGGUCUAAUCUCAAAAUGAAAAUUGAACCAUCUGCUGACAAACCAGGAGGCAGCAGCUCACAAGAAGUUAUUACAGCCAUUUCAGGUCAUAGUAUGAUCAAGUGGGGAAGAAAGUUACUUCUUCUUGGUGGGCAUUCAAGGAAAACUAGUGAUACUAUGAUAGUGCACUUCAUCGAUCUUGAGACACAGGCCUGUGGUGUUGUGGAGACUUCUGGAAAAGCUCCGGUAGUGCGUGGGGGUCAUUCUGUGACUCUGGUAGGUUCUAAACUGAUAGUAUUUGGUGGAGAAGAUAAUAACAGGAAAUUGCAGAAUGAUGUCCACAUUCUUGAUCUUGAUACGAUGACUUGGAAUGCAGUGGAGGCAAUGCAGACACCCCCAGCUCCAAGAUUUGAUCACAUAGCUGCAGUUCAUUCAGAACGUUACCUUUUCAUUUUUGGUGGUUGUUCUCAUUCAAUCUUCUUCAAUGAUCUUCAUGUUCUGGACCUGCAGACUAUGGAGUGGUCCCAGCCACAAGUUCAGGGCGAUUUGGUGACUCCUAGGGCUGGUCAUGCUGGUAUAACCAUUGAUGAAAUGUGGUACAUUGUUGGUGGUGGAGAUAACAACAAUGGUUGCCUGGAAACUCUUGUGUUAAACAUGUCUAAGUUGGUUUGGUCGAAGUUAACAACUUUAAAGGAAAGGCAUCCACUAGCUAGCGAGGGACUCAGCAUUUGCUCAGCACUAAUUAAUGGGGAGAAAUAUUUAGUGGCAUUUGGUGGCUAUAAUGGGAAGUACAAUAAUGAGGUUUUUGUUAUGAGACUGAAACCAAGAGACUUAUCACGUCCCAAGAUUUACCAGUCAGCAGCAGCUGCAGCUGCUGCUGCUUCUGUUACAGCUGCUUAUGCCUUGGCAAAAUCUGAAAAGUUGGAUUUUCCUGAAAUAGAUUUGAACUUUAAGGGAAACAAUCACCCUGAACAAGACUUCACUGUUGAAAUUGAAGCAAUUAAAGAAGAGAAAAGGGUAUUGCAAAUUUCAAUUGAGGAAGUAAGAUCAGAAAAUUCUAGGCUCCAGGAGAAGAUUGACGAAGUAAAUGGUACUCAUGCUGAAUUAUCCAAGGAACUCCAUUCUGUCCAAGGUCAGCUGGUAACUGAGAGAUCAAGAUGCUUCAAACUUGAGGCACAAAUUGCAGAAUUACAGAAGAUGCUGGAAUCAUUGCAGUCCAUAGAAAAUGAAGUACAAAUACUCAGGAGACAGAAAUCUGUGCUGGAACAGGAGAUGGAGCUAAAUUCAGCGGCCCAGAGGCAAGGUUCUGGUGUCUGGCGGUGGAUGGCUGGUGGCAACUAGACGUUGCAGAUACCUCAGCAUGGAUUUUGCAAGGAUUUAUGGCCGUAUUAUCUCUGAAGAAACAUUAGUAUUAUGAUUGAAAGCCAGCAGAUACCUUAGCGGCAUGUACUUGAAGGACAUGAAAUACUGCAUCAUAUCUGGCAAAAUUCUUAAAAGAAGCUUGCUAGCCUUUGACUGCUGGAGAAAUGUCUUCAGGAGACAAAUUCCGAACUAGGUACAGGAACAUUAGUCUAGGUGGCAAAAUUGCUAUUUUCUAGGUUGCAUGGUUAUUUAAUUUGUUGAUUUUAUUAAAACAUUUUAGUACGUGCUACUUUUCUGUCUCCUGUGUUACCUGGUAUGAUCUUCUCUUUUUUUCUUUUUUUUUUGGAAUACUACUCUUGAGUUAUAUAAAUCUUGAGAUUUUAG